AUGUUGGCACUGCCGCUGAGAUUAGGCGUGCAUUGGCCUGCGGUGCAAAAACCUCUAAUAUCAACUUCAACACGGUGGUUCGUUUUCCCCUAUCCGCGAAACGUUUCGCUGAAUGGCAAUAGCCCCAGAGACCACUUUGACCAAAACGUUUCGAGGAUCCCUGCGAAUUCAACAUCUCUCACUGGCAAGACCAAUGAUUUCGUUUCCGUUUCUCUCCCCAAAGACUCUCCUCUGUUUGGAUUGGAGGAUUUACUGGUGAGCUUUAUCUUGGGCAAGAAGAGGGCCACAGAAGUUUCUCACUUGGUUUGGAAAAGUGUUGUCCAAAAAGGAGAUACAGUCAUUGAUGCCACUUGUGGCAAUGGUCAUGAUACCUUAGCAAUGCUCAAGAUGGUUGCUGAUGAAUCGUGUAAGGGUUCUGUUUACGGGCUGGAUGUUCAGGAAGCUGCUUUACAGAAAACUUCUUCUUUGCUGGAAGAGUCGGUCAGUCCAAGUGAGAAAGAACUUAUUAAGCUCUUUUCCAAAUGCCACAGUAAAAUGGAUGAAGUUCUUCCAAAAGAUACAUCUGUUAGGCUUGUCGCUUUCAAUCUUGGCUAUCUUCCUGGGGGUGACAAAACAAUUAUCACACAGUCAGAAACAACACUGAAGGCAUUGGAAGCUGCAAAAAGUAUCGUGGUGCCUGGAGGUCUUAUCAGUUUAGUGGUUUAUGUGGGGCAUCCAGGUGGAUGGUUGAGCAAAACUUAUAACAAUGGCUUGAGUAAUUUUCGUUUAAGAUACUAG